CGCGGGCCCGCUGGCGGGUCCGCGGCGCUCUGCCAAGGCCGCCUGACGUCUUCUCCUGCCCCGGACCGAGUCAUGGCUCCGGGUUCAGUGACAUUCAGAGAUGUGGCCAUAGAUUUCUCCCAGGAGGAGUGGAAAUGGCUUCAGCCUGCUCAGAGAGACUUGUACAGAUGUGUGAUGCUGGAAAAUUAUGGCCAUCUGGUUUCACUGGGUCUCUGCAUUUCUAAGCCAGAUGUGGUUUCCUUAUUGGAGCAAGGGAAAGAGCCCUGGCUUGGGAAGGGAGGUGUGAACAGAGAUCUCUUUUCAGUGUCAGAUGGGAAGAUCAAAGAGUUUUCUUCAAAAAAUGCCAUUCUUGAAGGUGACUCAUCCAAGUAUUUGAUAAUGGAAAGAAUUUUAAGCCAAGGCCCUAUUUGUUCCAACUUAAAGAGAAGCUGGAAGUGCAAAAAUGGUACCCAGAUGCUACAGGGAGACCAUGGGUUUAUCAGGCAAGUGACAGUUUCUCAUCAAGAAUUCCUAGGUCGACAUAUGAGUAUCAGUAAUACAGAGAGGCCCUAUGGAUGCCAUGAAUGUGGAAAAAGUUUCAAUCGGCGCUUCUCCCUGGUGUUACAUCAGAGAACUCACACUGGAGAGAAACCAUAUGUGUGUAAGGAGUGUGGCAAGACCUUUAGCCAGAUCUCAAAUCUUGUGAAACAUCAGAUGAUACAUACUGGGAAGAAGCCCCAUGAAUGUAAGGACUGUAACAAGACAUUCAGUUACCUUUCAUUCCUUAUUGAGCACCAGAGAACACACACGGGAGAGAAACCUUUUGAAUGUGCUCAGUGUGGAAAGGCCUUUAGUCGUGCCUCAAAUCUUACUCGACAUCAGAGAAUUCACCUAGGCAAGAAACAAUAUAUGUGUAGGAAAUGUGGGAGAGCCUGUAGCAGUGGCUCAGAACUCAUCCAACAUCAGAUUACUCAUACUGGAGAGAAACCUUAUGAAUGCAGUGAAUGUGGGAAGGCAUUUCGCCGUUCCUCACAUCUUACUCGACACCAAGGCAUCCAUACAACCAAAACCCCCUAUGAAUGUGAUGAGUGUAGCAAAGCUUUCCGUUGUCACUCAUUCCUCAUUAAACACCAGAGAAUUCAUUCUGGAGAAAAGCUCUAUGAAUGUGAUGACUGUGGUAAAGUUUUCAGUUGGCACGCAUCUCUUACUCAACAUAGGAAAAUUCAUACUGGAGAGAAACCCUAUGCAUGUGUAGAAUGUGAUAAAGCCUUUAGUAGAAGCUUUUCUCUCAUUCUACAUCAGAUAACUCAUACUGGAGAGAAACCCUAUGUAUGUAAGAUAUGUAAUAAGUCAUUCAGCUGGAACUCAAACCUUGUUAAACACCAGAGAAUGCACUCUCUAGAGAAUCCCUAUAAAUAUGAAAAUUCACUUAAUUACCACCCAUUGUUUGAUGAACAGCAAUGAUUCUCUCUGUAAGGAAGGCCUAAAAAUUUAUGGGUAAGUACAAACCUAAAAUCUCCAAAAUAAUGCCUUACUUUUACUUCAGAGAACUUUUGGGAAAGAGCCUUAUAUGAAUGUGUUGAAUGUGAAGGAAUGCGGCCCAGACCUAUUUUAUAUCAUGGAAAAAAACUCCAGGAAUAUGUGUGAAAGCUAUUAGUAGCUGCUCAUUCUUUAUCAAUAUCCAAGGAAGAGAUCAGUAUUGAGAAGAUUGUUCAUUUAAAAGGAGUCCUUGCU